AUGAGUUUCUUCUUCGGCGGAGAUAAACGAACUCCUUAUGAAAUAGCUAAAGAUCAGACAAGAGCUAUUAGCACACAAAUUCGACAGGAAAAACGACUAAUAGACCGACAAAUUAACCAAUGUGAACGAGAAAUACAACGUCUUUCAAAGGACAUUCGUAAGCAUGCUUCAAAUAAUAAUAGAGAAGCUCUUCGAAUACUAGCGAAAGGUAUUGUUAGAGUAAAACAUAACAAAAGUCAAUUAUAUUCAGCAAACGCGAAUCUUGAUACAAUCGAAAAUGCUGUUAGAACUCAAUUAACAAACGUAAAAUUAACUGGAAUCAUGCAAAGAAGUGCUGAUGUAACACGUUCAAUGUCAGAAUUAAUAAAAGUAGAACAAUUUCAAUCAAUAUCUGAACAAUUUUCAAAAGAAUUAAUUAAAAUGGGUAUUAUGAAUGAGAUGACCAGUGAAGUUAUUGAUACUGCUCUCGAUGAUAACAAUAUCGAAGAAGAAAUCGACAACGAAGUCGAAAAAUUUUUAAAUGAAAUUUUUAUGGACAAAGUUGAAUAUCCAGAUGUACCGGUUAAUCAAACGAUAAUCGAAACAGUUGAUGCUGAUAAUGAAGAAGCUAACUUGGAACAACGUUUGCAAGCAUUGAGAAGUUAA